AUGUCUGCUUUAUUUCUUGCACCUCACUUGGCAGAAUCUUCUGUCGAAAGCAUCCUCUCGUUGGUUGCCGGAAUGUUGUCAUCCUCAACCUUCGAGCCCCAAGCAGCUCUUUAUCAUCGGUACAACUUUAACGUUGAAAGAACUAUGGGACCCUCAGCAACAUCAGCGCUCUCCCCUGUGAAGAAUCAGGUACUAGGUGAUGGGACUGAAGAAAAUUCUGACGGAGAUGGUGGUUGUAUAUGUUUGGCGGGAUGCAAGCCUGGAGAGGGUUGCCGAUCGCCUUGA